GUCUGUGAUUGGGCGCGACGCAGCAAUCUCGACUCGUUCUGAACGCAGAUGGCGGGAGCGCUGUAUUCGGCGCUGCUGGGCGUCGUCCCCGGGGCUCCUCCCCAGCAGCGGCGGCGGCCCUUGGUGGUGCUGGGCCCCGAGGCUUCAGGCCGCUCGGCUCUGCUCUUCCGAGCGGCGCUGCUCGGCUCCAGCUUGGCGGCGGCUCCGGCCUCCGUGAUGUUCCUAGCGCCGCGGCCCUUGCAGCGCCUGCCCUGCGCAGAAGGCCUCGAUGCCGUCGCGAUGCAGAGAAUCCAGUUCCUGUACCCACCAUCUCAGCUGCUGUUUCAGGUUUUGGCCAACCUGCAGCAGACCAGUUGCCCUGCCCUAGUAGUGGUGGAUGGCUUGGAGGAGUAUUUGAGCAGUUGCUCUGGACCGAAUGUGGCUGCUCAAUUGGUGGCCUUGCUGCUGGACACGGUGAAUCAUUUCAGCCAGAAGCUCAGCCGUGUGUCUUCAGCUUGCCAGCUCCUCGUUUCCAUGAAAUCUCCAGGAGAAGCUGGGGAAGAUGGGGGACAUUUUUCAGUGGUUGAGCGCUACUUCCAGGCCCAGAUGUGGCUGCACCCAGAGGAGAGCUCAGAUCCAGUGAGCCAUGGUGCCACCAAGGUGGUUAGAGCACGUCUCUCCCAGCCCGGGUCUCAAGAUCAAGAAUGGCUGCUGAGAUUUGAGCCUGAAGGUAAAAUGAAGAUCUCUUCACUUCCAUGCCAAGGUGAAGAUAGCCGUGGCGCAGCUGCACAGAAUGACACACCUGCUGGGGCUGAAGCCCAGGUAUUUCUACCUGGCUCUCAAUGUUAGAUCUCUGGUGAUCAUUUGCUAUGGAGUUGUCUCUUCUAGAGGAGUCCCUUGACCUACAGCAGGCCUCUUCAACCUGCAGCCCUCCAGGUGUUUGGGCCUCAGUAAACUACAAAUCCUAGGAUUACUUAGGAAAGUGCCAUUACAGUUAAAGGAGCUUGAGAUAAAUGCUUUUUAUAAGUUACAUAUGAUAUGUGUUAUAUCAUAUGUAACUUUGUUAUAUCAUAUGUAACGUGUUAUUGUCUGAGCUCAGCCAACUAUCUGAGUUUUCAGAUGAUUCCAGUGCAUCCUGCGCAGUUGUUAAAUCUUGCUUCAUCGCCAAACAUGCUUGUGCCGCUUCUCAUGAAAGAUCAGUAUUUUCUUAAGAGCAUAUGAAAAGAUGAAAAAAUGUAUAGUAAAUGGAAUAAGACAGAGAGAGGCUUGAAUAUUAUCCUUCAGACAUCAAUCUGAAAACAUGGGUUGCCCUUGCGUGAAAGACAGCCCUCAUCAGUAGGACUCUCCCCUGAUGUUUGACUACAACUCUAAGUAUUUUUAUAUUGAUGGCCAUUCUAGAUGUUGUAAAAUUUGUUGUUUAUCCAGAAAGAAGCUUAGUUUUUUUUAAUAAAGAGAAAAGCUAGGCCCAAACACAAGAAACACAGUAUAUAUCUUUCAUUCCAAGUGUGUAUAUAUAUGUAUAUGUAUAUAUCUCUCAUUCCAAAUGAGAAAUAGGUUCUUGUAGAUAGGCCUCUUUUACCUGUGGCCCUCAAGACGUCUUGAUAUGUAUAUCUCUUUCUUGUUUUUUCCCCUUUGGUAAUUAUUCAAGUCCAUGUAUUAUAAGUAUGUUUUGUAUGUCUGUAGGAAUAGGAUGUAAACUGGUGAGGUCCAAGUGAGAGAAGAAAUGGGAAUUGUUAUAUACUUGUGCAGCCGAAAAUCUUUCAAUAAAAUACUCAAAACAUAA